GUUGAGUUCUCAUUCGUCACUGAAGGCUUCAGUCUGACAGCAUGUUCAUUAUUAAAGCACACGGAGGAUGUUAACUUAUAUUUAUAAUUGAGUGCAUGAAUUAAUGCCUCAUAAAUAUGCAAUAAUUCAGUGUUAUAUAAAAAAAAUCAGUGGUAAAUGUAGAAUUCCCGACUUUGUUGACUUUUACCAGCUGUAGAAAUGGAGAUUGAAUCAAUGGUAGCAAACUGUGCACUCAUAAAAGCACGAGAAGUAGGUAACCGUGGGAACCGUAAAGGAAGGAGUCGAAAAUGGAAGGAAAUUCUGCGUUUCCCGCACAUAAGCGAGUGCACAGAGCUGGAGAAAAGCAUUGAGCGAGAUUAUCACAGUCUGUGUGUCAAGCAGCCCAUCGGAGAACAACUCUUCCGACUUUUCUGUGCAACUAAAUCUGAUCUGCAGAACUGCAUCGAUCUGUUGGAUGAAACGGCAGAAUAUGAGGUCCUGCCGGAUGACAAGAGAAAGAUCUUCGGCAAGCAGCUCAUCAACAAAUAUCUUACCUCACAGUCCUCUACGGUGCAAGUGAUUGUCGACAGUGAACUUGAGAAGUGCAUCUGUGACCUGGAGCUCAACGCUUCUGAAGAUAUAUUCGGCAGCUGCCAAGAGACACUUCAUGAGUAUCUAAGUGGAGCUCCGUUUGCAGAGUAUCAGAAAAGCAUGUAUUUUGACCGGUUUCUGCAGUGGAAGAUGGUGGAGAGACGCCCGAUCACCCGAGACCUAUUUCGAGAGUACCGUGUUUUGGGGAAGGGUGGGUUUGGAGAGGUGUGUGCGUGUCAGUCGCGAGCUUCAGGGAAAAUGUAUGCAUGUAAGACACUGGAGAAGAAGCGCAUUAAGAAGCAGAGAGGGGAAGCUAUGGCCCUCAACGAGAAACAGAUUCUAGAACGAGUCAACAGCAGAUUUGUGGUCAGUUUAGCAUACGCUUACGAGACGAAAGAGGCUCUUUGCCUGGUGCUGACGCUGAUGAACGGAGGAGACCUGAGGUUUCACAUCUAUAACAUGGGCACCGAGGGCCUCAGCAAAGAAAGAGUAGAGUUUUACGCUGCUGAGAUCCUGUGCGGCUUGAGCCAUCUUCAUAAAGAGUCCAUCGUUUACAGGGAUUUAAAGCCAGAAAACAUUCUGCUGGAUGAUAAUGGUCACAUUCGGAUCUCUGAUUUAGGACUGGCCAUAAUCUUGAAAGAAGAAAAGCUUGUGAAGGGCAGAGUGGGAACAGUGGGUUACAUGGCACCGGAGGUGAUCUCGAACACAUAUUAUAGUGUGAGUGCGGACUGCUGGGGACUCGGGUGUCUGAUCUAUGAGAUGACGGCUGGAAAUCCUCCUUUCCGCAACCACAAAGAACAACUGCCCAGACAGGAGAUUGACAGACGGGUUCUGGAGACGAUCGAGCAUUAUGGGAACAAGUUCGACGAGGACACCAGAUCCAUCUGCAAAAGCCUCCUAGCUAAAAACCCAAAGGAGAGAUUGGGCUGCAAAUGUGGGCGAGGGUCAGAGGUCAUCAAAGGUCACGCGUUCUUUAAGGACAUCAACUUUACGAGACUUGAGGCAGGAAUGAUGCCGCCACCAUUUGUUCCCGAUCCGAGAGCCGUUUACUGCGCAGACGUCCUGGACAUCGAUCAGUUCUCUCCAGUUAAAGGAGUGAGCCUCGAUCAGGUCGAUGAAAGUUUCUACAGCAAGUUUAACACGGGAAGCGUGCCUGUGCCGUGGCAGAAUGAGAUGAUUGAGACUGAGUGUUUCAAGGACCUGAAUGUGUUUGGACCACGUGGAACGAGAACACCAGAUCUGGACCGCAGCAUUGUGAUCCCACAGACCAGCUCCGAGACUCAAGUCAUGAAACGGAGUCCUUCUGAACACGGGCGACACCGGCUGCUGAACCGAAUCUUCAAGAGACGCCCCAGGGAACAGUCAGCUGAACCCAUUUGUCGCUCCUCAUCCAGCCAGGGCUCUGUGUGACUUCUGCAGAAGAGGACUGAACAAAACACUCCUCUUUUUAUCCUCAGAAUUUCUGAUUCUUGGGAAAAAAAGACUCUACCGCUUCCUCACUGGAAAGCUUAUUUAAAGAGCCACUGUUUUAACGUUAUUGAAAACAAAAACAAAAAUUAUCCCACAUUUAUCAUACCACAAAUCCUAUACAGUUUAAGUGGUUUGGGUAUUUUUUUUUUAUGCUUUCAUAUAACAGAAAAUGGAUUUAUGAUGUUUUAUAUGCUCAAUUUGUAAAUAAAAGACAAAAGCAUUGCA